AUGCCGCAGCAGCAGCAGCAGCAGCAGCAGCAAGAAGGGGAGGACAGCGAGCAGCAGCGUCUGCUGCAGCGAGAGACGCAAGCCCCUGUGGCAAAGUGGCAGCAGACACAGGCCCCUCAGCAACAGCAGCAGCAGCAGCAGCAACAGCAGCAACAACAGCAGCAGCAACAACAGCAGCCGCGGGAGACCGGGGGCCUCUGGCUGCAGCCGGCAAUAGAAAGUGCCUUCCCGCUUCUGCGGAAAGUCGAGACACAGCAGCAGCAGCAGCAGCAGCAAACGCGUCUGUUGCAGCAGCAGCAGCUGCAGACGCAGCAGCUCACGGGGCCGCUGGCGCCAAGAGGGACACCGGCUCCCGCAGCAGCAGAAGCAGCAGCAGGAGCAGCUGCAGGAGCAGCAGCAAGAGCAGCAGCAGGAUGGGAGCCUCUCGUGCUGCUGCUGCUGCAGCAGCUAACACGCCUCUCCGUGCUGCAGCAGCUGGGGCCUGCUGCUAGGGAGUCGCUGCUGCUGCUCUGCAGGCUCUCGCUGCGCUGCCUCAGGGGCCCCUCUGUCUUUGCUGCUGCUGCAGCACGACAACUAGGUGAGUCCACAGCAGCAGCAGCAGCAGCAGCAGCAAGAAGAGCAGUGGAACGUUUGCUGCUGCUAGCCCACAGGAGUCAUGAAGUGGCUGCUGCUUUGCGGCCGCCUUGCCUCCUCCUUUACUGCUGCUGCCCCCAUACUGCUGCUGCUGCUGCUGCUGCUGCUGCAGGACCGUUUCGAGAGCUGCUGCGCAAUAUAAUAACAGCAAUUCCCAGUCUUGUUGCUGAAGAAGCUGAGGCCCCCCAACCCCCCAGGGGGCCCCCCAGCAGCUUCGGGGGGCCCCUGCAGCAGCAAGCAGCAACUUUGCUGCUGCCUGCGCUUUCCGCCUUGGGCUCCCACGAAGAACCCCAGAUUCUGGUGCUGACUGGGGGCCGCUGGCUGCGGCGGCUAGUGCAGGCAGACCUUGUGGCUGAGGCCCUAUGGGAAGGAGUGUUUCUUGACUCACCUUUGCUGCAGCUGCAGCAGCAGCAGCAGCAGCUGGAACAGCAGCAAAUAACUUCAUGCUGCGUUUACGGCAGCGGGGGCUCUGCUUUACACACCGGAGACCACGCCUCUUGCAGCAGCAGCAGCAGCAGCAGCAGCUGCAGCUGCAGCAGCAUUGUUAAAGCAAAGCAGCUUCCCGUGGCUGCUGCUAAAGCCCUCUUUGUGUGCCCCUCCAGGUCAACAACAAGGCACUGCUGCACCAAUCCAGAAGCAGCAGCAGAAACAGCUGCAGCAGCAGCAGUAGCAGCAGCAGCAGCAGCAAAUGAAGCCCCAAUAAGGGGACGCUGCCUCCAGGGUGGCGCUGCCGUGGGCACUUUUUUGCUGCACAAAAUUGAGGCUGGUUGCAGCAGCACUUCAGCAGCGGUUUAUGGCUUUUGGUGA